UCCAACGCCAACAAUAGGAGAUUAAUAUUAACUUCAAAUAUCCCAUAAAACAAACCAACCCAUUUGUAAAAUUCUACUUUUCUCUCAUAUAUAUAUAUAUAUAACAAACUAUAAAUUUCCAUUUCUCUCCAACUGUUUGCAUGCCGAUGGUCUCACUCUCACCGCCAUGUUUCUCCCCCUUCUAUUGCUCCUCUUCUUCUUCCUCUGUACGCCGUCCUGCCUUCCAUACCCAACAACACUCCCUCAAAACCCAACUUCCGCGGUGAUUUUCCGGUCAGAUUCCUCUUCACUGCAUAACCCCCAUGCAACGGAGCGUUAUGUGUUUUUUCCCGGAAAGCCACGGUGGACGCGGCGAAUGCCGAUGGUGCUGACGUACGCAUUCUUCAAGGAUAAUUGGAUGAGCAACUUGAGUUUAGAAGACGUAAGAGCCGUAUUUCGUAAGGCGUUUUCGAAAUGGGCCCAUGUGAUUCCGGUGAGUUUUGAGGAGACCGACGACUAUGGAUACGCCGAUAUUAAAAUUGGGUUUUACAGAGGCGAUCAUAGUGACGGACAGGCGUUCGACGGCGUGUUGGGGGUUUUAGCGCAUUCUUUUUCCCCUGAGAUUGGAAGGCUGCACUUGGAUGCGGCGGAGACGUGGGCGGUGGAUUUCGAGAAGGAGAAAUCGGCGGUGGCAGUUGAUUUAGAAUCGGUGGCGACGCAUGAGAUUGGUCAUUUGUUGGGGUUGGGUCACAGCUCGGUGAGGGAAUCGGUGAUGUACCCAAGUUUGAAGCCGAGGGAAAAGAAGGCGAACUUGGAAGUGGAUGACGUGGAAGGCGUGCAAGCUCUGUACGGAUCGAAUCCGAAUUUCAAGUUUGAGUCUUUGGAAUUGGAGUCUGAUACUUCUGCCAGUCAGCCACCUGUUUCCACGUGUACAUUAGCAUGUCCUUUUUCACUUCCCUUCUUCUUCCUAUUUUUCCCUCACCAUUUCUUUUAACAAAUUUACCUUAUCUAUAUAUAUUGCAAACAACAUUCUAUUUAUUUAUGGACAUGAUUGCCAUUAUACCAUUUGGAAUCAUGUUUAGUUUUCAAAGCAUCAAACAUCGAUUUCAUGUAAAAUUACUCUACUUCUUAAUAACAUAUAAAAUCAUAUAUAUAGUUUCCAGAUA